UUGAACGUCGUGAUACACGUUGUGGGCAGCCGCGGUGAUGUUCAGCCAUUCAUAGCACUAGGCACAGCUCUCCGCCGUUACGGCCAUCGAGUUCGCCUAGCCACACAUGACACCUUUGCCAGAUUCGUGACCGACCCUGGCUUAGAGUUCUUCCCGAUUGGCGGAGAUCCCGCCGACUUGAUGUCGUACAUGGUCCGAAAUCCUGGUCUGAUUCCUUCUAUGGAGUCUCUUAAGGGUGGCGACGUGGGGAAGAAACGACGAAUGAUACGCGAAAUGCUCCACGGAUGCUGGCGUUCCUGCAUUGAUCCCGAUCCCAUCAGCAACCGACCGUUCGUAGCCGACGCCAUCAUCGCCAACCCUCCGAGCUUCGCCCACGUGCAUUGUGCGCAAGCCCUCGGCAUUCCAGCCCACAUCAUGUUCACCAUG